GAAACGUCAUGUUAUCACUAGAUCAUAAAGAAGAAGAUCAGGACAACAUGCAGCGUUCUUCAGGAAAAAACCUCAUUACACUGAUCGGAUAUCUAGGACCUCACAGUGCAGAUCUAUCAUACAAUCCUCCUAAUCAUGAAGAACCUUCUCCUGACCAAUCACAGAUUGUAACCACAAGUCCAGAUCUGUCACAUAAUCCUCCUAAUCAUGAGGAACCUUCUCCUGACCAAUCUCAGAUUAUAACCACAAGUCCAGAUCUGUCACAUAAUCCUCCUAAUCAUGAGGAACCUUCUCCUGACCAAUCUCAGAUUGUAACCACAAGUCCAGAUCUGUCACAUAAUCCUCCUAAUCAUGAGGAACCUUCUCGUGACCAAUCUCAGAUUAUAACCACAAGUAGCAGGCAGAAAGGAAGUAAAAGGUUUCAUUGUGAAGAAUGUGGAAAACUGUUUACAAGAAGGUCAGUUCUUUCUGUGCACAGAAGAAUUCACACAGGAGAGAAGCCGUAUUCAUGUUCAGAAUGUGAGAAAUGUUUCACAGACAAAUCAGGUCUCAUUAAACAUCAGAUAAUCCACACAGGAGAGGAGCCAUAUUCAUGUUCAGAGUGUGGGAAAUGUUUCGCACGAAAAUCAAGUCUCCUUAUCCAUCAGACUAUUCACACAGGGCUAAAGCUAUACUCAUGCUCCGAAUGUGAGAAAUCUUUUACAGAAAAAUCAAAUCUCCUUAUACAUCAGAGAAUUCACACAGGGCUAAAGCCAUACUCAUGCUCCGAAUGUGGGAAAUGUUUUACCCAGAAAUCAAAUCUUAUUAUACAUAAGAGACUUCACACAGGAGAGAAGCCAUAUUCAUGUUCAGAGUGUGGAAAAUAUUUUGGUUUGAAGUCAAAUCUUAAAAUACACCAGAGAAUUCACACAGGAGAGAAGCCAUAUUCAUGUUCAGAAUGUGGGAAAUGUUUUAUAGAAAAAGCUAAACUUCUUUGUCAUCAGAAAAUUCACACAACAGAGAAGCCGUAUUAA